CUGCUCUGACACACACACACAUACACACACACAGGCAUACAGCAGCGCUGUGAGUGCAGCCUGCCUGCCUUCCCAGGGUCGGGACUGGAAGCCUCAAGAAACGGCAAGAAGAAGCAAACAUCUGGCCGCACAUCAUGAGAGCAGCCCGGAGCUUAUAGCAGGGGAGGAAAAGGACGUCGGCAGGAGUGGAGAUACAUGUUAUGAAGGAAGAAUGGAGUUCCCAGACCAUAGCCGCCAGUUGCUGCAAUGUCUGAGUCAGCAGCGUCACCAAGGCUUCCUCUGUGACUGCACUGUUCUCGUCGGGGAGGCUCGGUUCAAAGCCCACAGAGCUGUGCUGGCCUCCUGCAGCAUGUAUUUCCACCUCUUCUACAGGGACCAGCUGGACAAAAGGGACGUUGUGCAUCUCAACAGUGACAUUGUGACGGCCCAGGCUUUCAGUCUGCUCCUUGAAUUUAUGUAUGAGGGGAAGCUGGAGUUCAGUGCUCUGCCUGUGGAGGAUGUUCUGGCUGCUGCCAGCUACCUCCACAUGUACGAUAUAGUAAAAGUCUGCAAAGGCAAACUUAAAGAUAAAGAACUUUCCUCCCUGGAUGAGAAGUUAGGGGAGGGUUUGGGACUUGGCUGCCUGGACAGGGAGAAUUCCAUAGAUGGUGAGCUGCACUGUAAGCAGCUAAUUCAGCGCCACUCUCACGGGCUUCUCAGGGCCCCCCCUGUGGAAGACUUUGACACAGACAACAGUGAAGUCAAGCUGGCUGUCACAGAUUGUGAAAGGUCCAUGCAGAGCAGGCAGAAGGCGAACGGUCACUCCGGCAGGUCCCCGGACCUUGUAGGUGUCAAUUAUAUGUCAGCAGAGGCCGAGACCUGCAUCCAAACAGCUGGAAAAACAAAAGCUGAUGUCAGUAGCUCCACCGUAUUGCUGUCCCAGAGGUCCCGGGCUUCAGAUGACAUGGACUGUGCGCUGGAUUUGUCUUUCAAGCCUCUGUCUAGCAGAGAUCUCUUACACCCCUCCUACGUCUCGGGACAGCUGGCCCUCGACAGCCAGCAGCAGGGCACUGAGCCACUUGUUAAAGACGAACACGACUUGCUGUCAGAGCAGGAGGACAGUGAGCCGAUGAGCCCUGAGAGCCAGCGCUUUGGGAAUAGUGCCAGGAGCUCAGUGGUGACAGGGUUCGCUGCCCUCUUCCCAGGCAACAACGGCGCUACAGCCGCCCUGCUCUCCCAGGAGGAGGACCUGAUGGACGAGGAGGGGGAGGCCUGCAGGAGGAGGGAGGGCGUUCCAGGCAGGGAGCCGGACAGGAGGGGCAGGCUACUGGGGGACAGCGAGGAAGAGGAGGAGGAUGACCUGGCCUCCUCCGACAUAUCCACCUCCAGCGGGGUGCUUCUGCCUCCGGGCCAACAGGUGUGUGUGUGUCCCCUCUGCAGCAAAGUCUUCCCCAGCCCCCACGUGCUGCAGCUGCACCUCAGCUCGCACUUUCGUGAGAAGGACGGUGCCCGCUCCAAGCUUUCCCCGGACGGCUCCGUCCCAACAUGCAUGCAGUGCAACAAGACCUUCUCGUGCAUGUAUACCCUUAAGCGCCACGAGCGUACUCACUCCGGGGAGAAGCCUUUCACCUGUGCCCAGUGCGGCAAGAGCUUCCAGUACUCCCACAACCUGAGUCGCCAUGCUGUGGUUCAUACCCGUGAGAAACCUCAUGCCUGUAAGUGGUGUGAGCGGCGUUUCACCCAGUCUGGAGACCUUUACCGCCACAUCAGGAAGUUUCACUGUGGCCUUGUUAAAACUCUUGCCAUUGGAUAAAACACCUCUCACCAGUGCCGUAAAAGACAGAAUGUCCUUUCACACACUGAAUUCUACUGCUGAAGCAUUUUUGCUGUUCGUAUAAACAAAUUGGCAGUUUGUUAAAGACAAAUCUUGGGGCAUAUCUUACGUUUCUAAUGAUGUAGCAACUUUCAAACUGGAGCUGUAUCCUGUGCUGGACUGUGUCAGAGGCUGCUGAGAUUAUUGGAUCUGUGUCACAGAGAGGUCAACCAAUCAGUUGAUGCACUUGAUAGUUUCCGUCUUUAUUGUUUUGUCUGUUUAGUUUAGUUGAUGAGCGUUUGUGAUGAGAGGUUCAAAUCCUUUCGGCAACGCAUCCUGCUUAGACACAAUCUUGAGGGAGAAAGAAUGAGGUUUGUUUGUGCACAUGGGAGAUCAGAACCGUCCGUGAGAAGCAAUAUACAAUUUCUUUUUAAAUGACUACAUCAUUUAAUUAUUAUUUAUUCUGGGGUUUUUUUUAGCCCUUAAACUAUCAUGAAGCAGAAACACAAAUGAAGCUUAACUACUGGAAGUAUGGAUUUUCGCCAUUUAAGUUUUUAUGUUGUAUGAGAAGAAGCAAGCAGACCGUCACAUGUUUUUCUUUUUCCUUUUGGAUGUAUUCAGUUUCCAGCCUUUUAGUUUUGAACACAUCUUUUUGGAUUCGCCUUAAAUGUUCUGCUUUAUAGACAGAACAGUGAUAACGAUUAGCUGAGAUGCACCAAUCAGGCUUUUCUUGAUCAAUUCUGAUUCUGUUUCACUUCAGCGGCUGCUUAUACGUACUCUGUAGUUUUGUCAUUUUUAAGACCAGAAUAUAUUAAAGUAAAACAUAAGCUGCAGAUUCACUGACAAAGAUAGUAGUCUAACAAAAAAUAAUAUUUGAAGAAUAUGCAUAUAUAAAAAGCAUCAAAGAAUGUAGCUUUAAUCUUUUUCUGUAUUGUUUUCUCCAAUUCAAAAGGAAAAAAGUGCAUCAAGGGAAAAUUUGUUUAAAAUCUUUUUGAUCCACAAAAACAAACUGUUUAAACCUGUAUUAACAGGAAUAAAAAUAAGACUUUUUUUUUUUUUGGAUCUGCUGAUCCCCAGCCAGAACAGACUGAUUGUUGGAACAUUUUAAAUCAGUAAAUGAUUGAUUAGUUCAUCCAUAAUAAUAUCAAACAGCAAAUAUAAUGCAUCCAGCAAUUACAUUUCAUUGAAGAAGUUUGUAUUGUCAAAAGAGUUCAGAUAUUCGUAGGAUUAACUGAAUAACCUAGCUAUGCUGCUGCCUAACAGCCACACUCUUGUUUCUUUUACAGGAACAUUACAGACAGUAAAUUGUCUGCUUGCCUUUUUCUUAUUUUGAUGGGUUUAAUAAAUGGCUUUAAAGCCAGAUGUUAUAUUUUCCCCACUGUUAUACCUGCUUUUGUUGACUGAAAAUUGGCUGAUUCUGAUCUUCAUCAGUGCAUCUGACACAAACUUAAAUCAGAUCCAAAAUAUAAUCUAAUCCAUUAAAGAUAACCUUAUUGGAGAAUCUCCCAUUUUUGCUCAAAUUAAUUCCAUUUAGGGUUAGUCUGGCUUGUCUUUGUAUGCAGAAUCAUGACAGAAUAAAUUGUAGUAGUUAUUCGUUUAUGUCCAUCUAAUACGAGGAAAAGAAACAGAUUAUCUUCCAUGUACAACCUGCUGAUUACAGAACCGAUCAAGAGAAAUUGCCUGAUUAUGAUCUCUGACUGAUUCACUGAUCAAUGCAUCUCUAGAGAGUUAUUAAAAACUAACAUCUAUAACACUGAUGCCUGAGGAAAUUCUUAAUGCUUGACCUAGAGUACUUACUAGAAUAACACAAGUUGCUAUGCUUUUAUUUUGUAAACUCUUGAAGCCUGGGGGAAAAACAUGGAUUACUUUCAACAUACCAGAAGCGUUACCAGUUACCAAAAAAAAAAGCAAUACAUAAUAAAAUAACUAAAUCCAGUUUGUGUUAUCAAGACGUUUGGAUCAGAGGCAAUCAGUGGUUUUUCAAUGAAGUUAGUUAUUGGUAUGACGCAAAAGGUACCCUGAUGGCGCAGAGUCGGGAUAAGAAGGCAUCAAACUUGUGCCAUUCAGCUGCUUCUAAGGACUUUUCUCCUUGUUUUGCACCGCUGUAUCUGUGUAAUUACUACUGAUGAAACCUAUGCUCCUUUUUCAGACAGGAAAUUGUUCUGUUUGUUUGUGCAUAGGUGCUGUUAUUGAUUCUUAACUGGGGGGGUAUCACUAAACGUUCAUAAUGUUCAUCUAAUCUGUCCUGAGAAGACUUGAUCAGAACUUAUUUAUUAGUCGGACUUGGUUCAGGGUUUACCUGUAGGUAUUUAUGGUUUUUUUUGCCUAGUGAUCUUGGUACACAUUAACUGGUGUUGGGUCUGUCAGUUUGUUUUUAUUUACACUGUUUAAAUCAACUUACUGUAAAUGUAUUUUUUAAUAUAUAUUUGGAAAAUCUGUCCAGUUUUCAAGAUUUCUCACAUGGAACACAGAUAAGCACUUGUUUUUAGCAUGCAUAUGAUUUCAACACUAUUGUCUAGGCUGCUAUUUCUUACUAUUUGUUUAUUUAAUGUAAAUAUAUAUUAUAUUUAUCAGAUUGUUUUUGUUUUUCCCAUGUUACAAAAUGUGUGAGUGGACAGGACUUUUUCAGUUUUCUUUCCUUUUCCUGGUUAGGGAGUCUGUUAACCUUUCUUCUAGUUACAAGUCAUUUAAAAAGCGCUCCGACUUCUGCUCUGACAGGUAAAACGGUUGUUCACAAGCUCAGCCGCACCGAUGUGAUCCUGGCUACCUAUAGAAACCAGACAAAACAGGCAUUGUCCCCCCACCCCACCUCCUUCACUUUUUCUAAUUCCAGGUAGUUCUCAAGGGAUCAUUGUGUAUCUCUACUCUCCAAAGCUAUGGGGAGAAAAGGCACUUCAAGCCUCUUUUUGCACUUUUUUUCUGGGUUGAAUAGAGCCAGUGGAAUGUGAGAAAUGUAUUUUAAAAAGGCAGAAAGUAAACAGGUGCAUUGUUUGGAGGCUUCAAAGCAUGUGGUGGAAAAAUAUCUAUUGUUCCCUUAUUGGAAAAAAUAAUAAAAAAUUGAGAUAUUUCCUGGUUUGUAGGAAAUGAAAUGAAUUCUGGUAUGAGUUCUCCGAGACAACUACUGACAUUUUUACUUAAAAAUGAGAAAUGAGGAGGAUUUUUCCAGGUAUUGCUGGUGUCUAUUAAUUUCUCCCUGGCGUAAAAUCCAGCAGUGAUGCUUGAACGAUCCCUUUUAAACAAUCACUCCAGAAAUCAUCAGUUUUGCUAAGUGCUGGUAAAGAUCAUUUUACAAAGGAAUGUAGAUAUAUCUUCCUUUUUCAAGAAGGAUUUCUUUUUUGGUCUUCGUAUGUACAGCGGUAAAAUAACUAACAUGUAAAACAAUGGAAACAAAUCUUUGUUUUGUUUAAUGUUUUUAUUUAUAACCUCCAGGAUGAUCACCAAAUGUGCCUUGUAGACACACAAAUAGGUGCUGCAUCUGGAGAAAAGGUUUUUAAUUUAGAUCCUUUUUUUUUUGCCUCAUAUUUAACAGUUUUAUCUAAUUUCUGGGCAUAAAAAAAAUGUUUUUUUGUAAUGUAUUGAGAGAGAUUGAACUGAGGGGGUUGGAAUUUCUGUGAAUAAAUUAGCAGUCGUGUUAAACUGAAGUCAAACACCUUUGUGUUGAUUUCUUUUUCAAGCCAAUUUUUACGGAAAUGAAUCUGUUAUUAUUUGUAUUUUAAUUUCACUGUUGAAUGUGAAUGUUUUCGGGGUUCUUGUCCUCUUGGAACCGGGCUGUAUUUGCCCAUCAUGCUGUAUGAUCUUUCAAAUCAACAAACAAAUCACUGGAAUUGUUUCCUCUGCAGGUUACAACUGUGAAUGAUCAUGAAUAAUAUUUAUUUCAUAUGCUUCCUGUGCAACAUUUGAUUCUUGGUUUUAUUUGAUUUAUAUGUGUAAAAUCAACACUUCUACAUGUUGAACACAAACAUUUGUAAUAGACUUUUUAGAAGUGCCAUUAGAACCUAAUAUAAUUUUUUAAAAUAAAAGUAUAUUUUCUAGAAAGCAGUUGCUUCAGUGUUAGCAUUGUAGAGAUUUAGAGGACAAUCUUUGUGCAGGAUUGGCAUUGCUUAGAUACCGCGACAAUUUUACUUUGAUCUUUAAUCGUGCAUUUUUCUCUGUUUGAGCUUUUGUUUUUGGAGUGACUGUGUGCGCGUGCUGUGAAAAUGUGACAAUCUUGAUUUAGGUCUUUUAUUGAGAUUCUACAUAGAAUUAAAAGGAACAACGUCUAUCUGUGUGGUUAUCAUUUGUUUCCCCAUUCCCUCUUUUAAAGCAGUUUGCCACCAGAUGAUUUUAGGUUAAAUUUAUUAAUAAAAUAUUUUAACAACAAAGCUGAUUUUCUUCCAUAACAUUGCAAAAUAUUGCACCUUGCAUACAGAGAUCAUGUUUACUUCUCUUUUCACAAUCCAUUCAGAAGGUCCAAAAAUCUCUUAUGAAUUUCUUUUUUUUUA